AUGAAUCUCUCCACGACUCUGGACAGAGCAUCGUUAUGGCGCAUAGAUACGCUUCAAAGGGUGAUGCCCUUUAUCGAGAGGGAUAUCCCUUUGGUCCCGGAAGCUCUGCAACACAUUGCAUCAGAAUUACGGUCUACCUGUGAGCGCAGGGCUGUUAUAUUGUAUAGAGCCCUGAGUUGGCUCCUACCCCCCUUCUUAUUCGUCCUCUACUGGUUCGCCAACUGCGAUAAGAGUGUGUUCGUCCUUAUAUUCGUUCGCCCUAUUGUCGAUGGGUGGCUUGCACCAUACAUAGGCACCAAGCCUAAGAGGCUGGGUGACUCUGCUUUAACUGCACAAGAACUUGUAAUCUUCGGCAUUGGCCUACACGUUAUCCAGCUUAUUUAUCUAUACCAUACUGUAUCGAUUUUGAGUAGCCCGUACGGCUUCUGUAGUAAUAUUUUCCUCUUCCUCGUCACAGGAUUCACUAGCUACUCUUAUUGGGUCACCAUCGUACUAUGUAUCCUCAAGAAUGCCAUAAUCUCGAUCAUAUCAAUUACUCAGUUGCCUGUUCUCGACACCAUCCAUCAGGAAUACAUAUCGGCGUAUUGGUGUAGCUGUGCUAUCGUAUUAGCAGUGCUCACCCCGGUCCAUCUGGAGACUAUCGCAAGGAUUGUGGCGGAGCGGGAGGCCGACAGUUACAAGUCCCACAUGCACGAUUUGCUACGGGCGAGCUUUGAUGCUACUAUUUGGGUUGACAACGACUUGCGUGUUGUUGGUGAUUCUGACCCCAGACUGGACUACGUUUUCCUCACACCGAUGUGUGGUAAUUCCCUGCUGGACUUUGUGGAGGACGAGACUGAGCGUGAACGGUUCGAGGCCUAUGCGGCUAAGUCGAUGGCAUCGAGAUCGACAACACUGUUUCAUGCGACUUUCCGUACGGCAGCUGAGGAGGGGUGUCGGAAUUUCGAUGCGGACGUGUAUAUGACUUCUAAGUACUCGUUGUGGCUACAAGCUGGCCAACAGCAUUUGAUUGGUCUUCGCCUCCGAGAUAAUCGAUCAGAACCAGGGUCGCCGAAGCAAGCUAGUGCCGCCCAUUUCCUCGAUGGCUUAUCGGUGCAAUGGGAGUGUUCGGAGUGUCGCUGUGUUAACUUCGACAAGGCUGAUACGUGCAUAUUGUGUGAACGAUCGCGAGAUCAGUUGUUGGGCCUCGUAGACAGAUGUAGCUCUACAGUGGGUCGGAGUCGGCAUCCUGCUAGUUCUACUAGGAGCUUCAUUUUUGACACUAUCUAUGAAGAUGAGGAAAGUGAGGAGUGUGGUGGUGAAGGUGCUUUGGUUAAUGGUCCGGAGGAGUUGAAGGGAACUUGA